AUGUUCUCCCACCAUGAGAUUGUGUCCCUGGCCAAACGCACCAAAGUGGGCCACCGGAAGUGCUGUGAGUGCCACCUGUACUAUGUUCACACUACAACAAGUGCUCAGUGGCAUUUAGGUAUAAUUACAUUGUUAUUUAAUAAUAACCUAUUGACACAAUUGUCAAAAUGUUCAUGGAUGAUUAUCUUAUUUUAUACCAUGUCAUUGUUGAAUACUCAUUUCUGACUGUCUUGAAGGGCAUUCUAGAGUGUGCAUUAUUUCCCUAUAACGCACAGUAUAUUUGCACGGUAGAAUUCAAUGGCUAGUUAAUUUUUACAAGGUUUGUUUGAGCUGCUUUUGAAAGCAAAAGUCAAAUUGAAAACAUUAUUGGCAUUGUUGAAUUCGAUUUUCAUAAUGGCAAGCUAGGGCUGGGGGUUUGGUUAGCUAAAGUAGCAAGUCUGUUUGUUUGGUUACCGUGGCAACUACUGUAGCUAGCUAUCUAGUAAACUUGCUAACUACUUCAGUGGAUGUUGAACACAUUUCUACCGGUAAAUGUCUUAAAUUAUAGCCAUGGUAUGAAAGGGAUAAUCAACUCGGGGCUCUAUGCGUUCUAUGGAAAAUAAUGCAACUCCUUGGAAGGUCAGUUCCACUCUGCUAGCGUGUUGUGGAACACACCUUCCACAUUGUUCAUUAUUUUCCAUAGAAAAGCAUAGCCCCUAGUUGAUUAUCCCUUACUUAUACCAUGGCAUUGUUGAAUACUUGUUUCUGAUUGGCUUGAAGGGCAUUCUAAAGCGUGCAUUAUUUCCCUAUAAUGCACGCAGUGGCGUGUAUUCAUGGAUGCCAAGGGAGGCCAAGCUUCCCCAUUUUUUUUUUACCAAGAUACAAAUUAAUUUAUUUAGUCUCUUUGUUUCAGUAAUUUCCUUCAAUUCGCAAAAGGCUGUUGAAUGUAUCUCACCUGAGAAAGCAUCCGAGUGAACGAAACAGCGCCCCUCUGUCUCAAUAUGUGUAGGGUAUCUAUCUGAUGCUGUCUGGUCAGAAAGAGCAUGACAUUGUUGCCGCCCAUAGCAUUGAAUGCAAGGGAAGCCAGCGAGUAUUUGGCCUCCCUUGAUAAAAUAAAAUAAAAAAUAAUAGCCAAUCAGCAUUGAGCUAAACUGAGUUAGCUCAGCUGUGAAUGGUCCUGGCGCACCAAGAAAAAGUGUCAAGGGGAGACAGUUUGGAUUUGGCUUCAGAUCAAUCACAUCAGAAGCCAAACGUAAUUAUUGACAGAAAAUAAAACUUGAAUUGUUGCAUUUCAAUGUGUUGUUGUCAUCCGGUGGCUAGAGCUAAAAUCGUCCCUUUCCUAAAUUAGCCAUGGAUAGAGAUAGGGAUUUGUGGUUUUAGUUCAUUCUCUGUACUGGCAAAUGAUUAUAACGGCGAUUCUGAUCCAACCAUAAAUUCAUACAUUGUGCCCCUGGCCUGAGAGGAUGGAAGUUCAACAUGUAGCUAGAUAUAGUAUGCUAAUGUUAACUAGCUAGCCUGGUAUAUCGUUGCCCAUGAAAGGAAGUUAGGCUAGCGAGCAAGUAUUUUAGCCAGGUAACCUAGGACAGCAAAAAGUAUACUGAACAAAAAUAUAAACGCAACAUGUAAAGUGUUGGUCCCAUGUUUCAUGAGCUGAAAUAAAAGAUCCCAGAAAUGUUCCAUAUGCACAAAAAGCUUAUUUCUCUCAAAUGUUGUGGACAAAUUGUUUACAUCCCUGUUAGUGAUCAUUUCUCCUUUACCAAGAUUAUCCAUCCACCUGACAGGUGUGGCAUAUCAAGAAGCUGAUUAAACAGCAUGAUCAUUACACAGGUGCACCUAGUGCUGGGGACAAUAAAAGGCCACUCUAAAAUGUGCAGUUUUGUCACACAACACAAUGCCACAGAUGUCUCAAGUUUGAGGGAGUGUGCAAUUGGCAUGCUGAUUGCAGGAAUGUCCACCAGAGCUGUUGCCAGAUAAUUUAAUGUUAAUUUUUCUACCAUAAGCUGCCUCCAACGUCGUUUUAGAGAACUUGGCAGUAGGUCCAACCGGCCUCACAUCCGCAGACCACGUGUAACCACGCCAGAGUAUGUGAGCGGAGCAGAGCUGGAGCAGAGCGAGGAGCGGAGCGGAGCGUGCCCAAUUUGACUGGAGGGUGGAGCGAGAUUCCCAAAGGCUGGAGCAUCGGACUUCUCGCCCACUCGAAUUUCGCUCCAGUAGCGCUCACUUCACUAGUUCAGGGCAUGCCCAGCAUGCGGUGAUGUAGUGUCCACAACUAAAGAAUCAUUGUGGAAUCUGAAAAGACACGUAUCCCGAAAGCAUGAUGGUGUAUUUACUACGUGCACAUGCUAAAAGAAAGGAACGAGGUGGGUAGAUAACUAAGUGUGUCAUUGUAGAAAAGUAUUUAAAAACUAAAAAUCAGAUCUCUUAAACGUUUCGUUCAUUUUUGUUCUAUUAUCUAUACAAUAGGUCAUAUAUGAUUUUGGCCCAAUAGGCCUGGCAUAAACCCACGUUCAAGGAGCUUUCCGUUUUGAUUGGGUUAUUUUGCCUAAAAACCUUUAGGCCUACCAAUAGAAGAAAAAAAACAUCAUCGCAUAAGCCUGAAGCCACAGACUGGCCAAACUCUAAAAAUGAAUUCAAAGGCACUAAUAAGUAAUUUUUCAUUUAAUUUGUAUUUAAUUCUAAGUAAGUUACAGCCUAUAUGCGCAAUUUAUAGACUAUAAAUGCUGAGCGCUUUAUUUCCCUACCAGCCUAUUGUGUCGCACUUGCAAACGCUUCACAAUGUAUUUCUUUGUAGGCUAUAGCCUUGAAAUAAUUGAAAUAAUAUAGCCUAAAUAAAUCAUUUUUGUUCCUUCUUAGGCUCCCUGUCUGGCUCCUGACCUAUUUAUGCUGUUUAAUAUGACAUGUAGCCUAUUUUAAAUGAUGUGUGCUUCGUACAUUCACCUUUUCAUGUUUAUUCAAAUACUUUUCAUUCAAAUCAUAUGGGUUGGUUUCAAUGCUUCAAAACCAAAUGGUAGGUCCAGGUAGUCACAAAAAUAAAUGGGUGUUAGUUAAAUUGUGAUUUUAAUGAAUGGAGCGAAUUUGGAGCAGCAGUUUUUUUUCCUGUGAGCGCUGAGCUGUUUUUAGGGAGUGGUUGGAAAGGACAUGGAGCACCGCUCCAUGAGCAAUGAGCCCAAUUUUCAACCACUCGACUCCGCUCACAUACUCUGUACCAUGCCAGCCCAGGACCUCCACAUUCGGCUUCUUCACCUGCAGGAUCGUCUGAGACCAGCCACCCGGACAGAUGAUGAAACGGAGGAGUAUUUCUGUCUGUAAUAAAGCUCUUUUGUGGGGAAAAACUCAUUCUGAUUGGCUGGGCCUGGCUCCCCAGUGGGUGGGCCUAUGCCCUCCUAGUCCCACCCAUGGCUGCGCCCCUGCCAAGUCAUGUGAAAUCCAUAGAUUAGGACCUAAUACAUUUAUUCCAAUUGACUGAUUUCCUUAUAUGAACUGUAAGUCAGUAAAAUGUUUGAAAUUGUUGCAUGUUGCGUUUAUAUUUUUGUUCAGUGUAAAAGCGUGUACUGUAUGACAGAGUCAUAGACCGUUUAGGCAACAUGAAAGAGGAGGAUGGCAUUGGCGUUUGUCUACAAGUAGGGUGAGUCAACAUGUUUUUUCUACUUACACGCACGCACACACACACACACACACGCCACACACAGAAAUCAGUACCAUGGACAGCCACAUCAUAUUUAGCUUACGUUGAUUGGGACUAAAUCGUUUUGGUAUAUUUUAGUUGUAUUAGACUAAGCAUAGGUGAUUAGAUGAUGUUGAAAUGUUGAAGUUGAAAUGGUGCUGGAAUAGUGGAGGCAGCUCCUGUUUUCUUUGCGACUUCCGGUAACUAGUGGUUCUAUAUCAAUAGUUGUUUAGAAGUCCGAAAAUGUCGAAAACAUUACCUUGCUUGACCAUGCUGUAAAUCAUGUAACUGUUUGUUACAUGCAAUAUGUUUUGUGGACUUCACCGGACAGAUGUUCCUCUCUGGUUUUGUAAUGAAACAAAUGUGUGGUUGAAUUUAUUCUGCCACUUUGUCUUCUUAUUGUCUCGGCCUUAGGCCUAUAUGUAACGGCGUCAAGGCAUAUGAACUAAUUAUAGAGCAAACAACGCAAAUAUCACAACACAGGUUGUAAUAUGGCUUUUUUUUAUGGAUUGGCUUCCCUGGUGAUUUUACCCACGCACCUCUACUGAAUGCACGGUAUAAUUGAAUGGCUAUGAAGUUCAUUCUUACAUGUUCUAUUUUUUUGCUGCAUUUGAAAGCAAAAGUCUAAUUGAAAACAUUAUUUGCAUUGUUGAAUUUGAUUUUCAUAACAGAAAGCUAAGAUGAUGGUUUGGUUAGCUAAGCUAGCACACCCCGUACAGAACCAAUCAGUCGAUAGUAAUAUAUCAUAUAUAAUCGGAAGCUAUCAUCAGAAAUCAUGAGAUAUGAAUCAGACAGAGGGGCGCCGCCUGACCCACUAGUUGGUCAGAAUGUUCCAAUCGACGUUUCAUAUCGUAAUUUACGAGUAAAAAGCAUCAACCACGGCCGUUAUUACACCCCGUAUAAGUUGGUGGCGGUAAUGACAAUUUUUAUUGUGCUGUAACUAUAACUAGAAGAUCUUCUGACGUCCUUUCCCGUCGUCAAAGGUACGUAAUCACAUUCUUUUUUUAAACUAUGAUUUACAAAGAUAAUGUCAUGGAUUUUAAAAAGUGUUUUUACCCCAGGAUAGCCAGCUAAUAUGACCCAUUGUAGGGGAGAACAUUUCUUGAGUGCAAUUUGAUCUGAAUAUAUAUAGUCAAUUCCACUAGUACACUUUCUCGCAUGGAUGUAAACUCCCUCUAGCCAAUGCUUACACCAUUCCUAUAAUUUUAAAUCCAUGACAGGGAGUGUGCAAGUGCACACUUCUGAAAAGGGAUGGAGAAUCAGGAUGCAGCCUAUGUCCUUAAGCGUGAAGGCGCUCUUGAUCUCUCGCUUUAAUAAAUUAAAUGACUGGUAUAAGCGUUAUGGAGCAAAAUCCCUCUAUCCUUAGUUUACACCAAUCAAAUAAGAUGACAAUUGGGAUGAAAGGAACAGAUAGACAAAACCAUGACUUGAUGUGGCUUAUGUAGAUAGACUAGGCCAGUGGUUCCCAACCAGGAACCAAUAUCCAAAGUGGGUACUUAGAAAGACUCAUUUCAUAUGAUAAUAUGUCUAUAUUUAAAAUACAUAUGAGGGGGUGCUUUGGGGGCAUUAUUGGCAGAGCAAGAUGUGAUUGGGGCUACAAUGACUAAAAAAGGUUGAGAACCACUGGACUAAGCAAGUAUUAGAUAGUACAUUAUAACUCUAACAAUAAUCAUCCAUUAGCCAAGAUGCCCAAUAUAUUCCUGUCCCUUCCUUGUUGAAGCCUAAAGAUGUGUCAUCACCUGUCUCUGGAACCAUUUCAGACUACUUAUGUCCAUGCGAAGCACAACUUCCUACCAAUAACCGUCUUUAGAUUCCCUAUAAGAAAAUAAUUGAGUGUAAGCAAAGUAACUCCACUAGUCAUGCAUUAUGAAAGAUCAUUAUGUGUCCUAUGUAUCAGAUUAUUUAAAUGUAAUUAAUAUUAUACAGUAUCUUCAUUUAGAAUAAAUCAAACUUAGUUGUCAUUGUCUUAUUUUUCUCUACAGAUGCCAUCUUUUAGAAGAAAAAGAGCCACGCUGGUUUACAGAGACCUGACUAGAGGCGUGAUAGAGCUUACACCCCUGCCAUCAAUUUGGAUCGGUGAGAAAGUUGCUCUGUUCAGUUCAGUUCAUCUUAAUUUAAACUGGAUAGUCCACUCAGUAACAAUUGUCACUACUCUCUAGGGAGUACUGGGAGAACACAGCCGGUUCCCUCUGCAGCAGAAGUUGUGCCCAGCUGCAGUGAUGCACCUCCUCCAACAGCAUAAAAAAAAGGAAGGCAGCAGAUGUUGAGGCCUGGAAGGUGUUGAGGGAGCUACUCCACAUGUCUGCAGUGGAGCUGGAAUUAGGGUUGAAUGGCGGGAACCCGGUUACCGAGAUUUACCGCCCAAAACCACUCCCUUUUCCCGGGAUAAAUAACUGUGAGAUACCGGUAAAUUAUAAUAAAGAAUUUAUAUGAAAAGCAUGGCGUGAAAUGGAAUUGUUAAAUUAUAUGUGAUGUCUAAAUAUGGCUUCUCUACAGCCUCUGCAUGAUGAAUCAUCAACGCUCAGGGUGGGGACAGACAGCCCAUCUCAGAUUGGAGCGCAGUUCACAAUGCAUGUAGAUCUAUCAUCUCAUCAUGGUAACUAUUUUUCUUGUGACAGGUAGGCCUACAUUUGCUGCAGCAUAGUCUACAGUGCAUUCAGAAAAUAUUCAGACCCCUUGACCUUUUCCACAUUUUGUUACGUUACAGCCUUAUUCUGAAAUGGAUAAAAUAAAAAAAUGUGUUCAUCAAUUAAAUCAUCACAGCCAACCACACGACCAAGAGCAACAUCUCUGUUACUACUCGAUUAUUUUCUUCAUUUUUUUAUCAGGAGGGUUUUACUUUGUGUGAAAAACAUUUUUAAGUAGCUUUUGUGUCACCUUUAACAUGACCAAUACAUUAUGUUAUGACACACAGAACAGAACACACCACACACUCCAAUAACAACACAGAGUCAAGUCAGAGACAAAUAUAAAAUACAGACAACAAGAACAUUGAGGGAAGACAAAUAAGUGUGUUCACACUCUGUAAAAAAAGAUCAUUCCAUGUGCAUAAAUAAACUGUCUUUCUCUAAUUUUCUUUUUGCUUUGCAUGUAUAACGCUCAUUAACAAAAAAUACAAAGCACUUGUCAAAAAAAGAGAACUCGUCAUCAGCAUACUGCAUCGCAAGCUCUUAUUAUGAACUGAAUCGCUCUUUGGAAUGACAUUUUUGGCCAAAGCUUUCUGUAAUUACACAAAGACAAAGUUAUAUGGUUCUUUAUUACAAAAGACCCCAUAAUGACAAAGCGAAAACAGGUUUUUAGAAAUUUUUGCAAAUGUAUUAAAAAUAGAAAACAUAAAUACAUGAUUUACAUACAGUACCAGUCAAAAGUUUGGACACCUACUGAUUCAAGGGUUUUUCUUUAUUUUUACAUUAUAGAAUAAUAGUGAAAACAUCAAAACUAUGAAAUAACACAUAUGGAAUCAUGUAGUAACCAAAAAAGUGUUAAACAAAUCAAAAUAUAUUUUAUAUUUGAGAUUCUUCAAAUAGCCACCCUUUGCCUUGAUGACAGCUUUGCACACUCUUGGCAUUCUCUCAACCAGCUUCAUGAGGUAGUCACCUGGAAUGCAUUUAAAUUAACAGGUGUGCCUUCUUAAAAGUUAAUUUGUGGAAUUUCAAAAUAUAUUUUGAUUUGUUUAACACUUUUUUGGUUACUACAUGAUUCCAUAUGUUUUAUUUAAUAGUUUUGAUGUCUUCACUAUUAUUCUACAAUGUAGAAAAUAGUACAAAUAAAGAAAAACCCUUAAAUGAGUAGCUGUGUCCAAACCUUUGACUGGUACUGUAAGUAUUCAGACCCUUUGCUAUGAGACUCAAAAAUGACCUCAGGUGCAUCCUGUUUCCAUUGAUCAUCCGUGAGUUGUUUCUACAACUUGAUUGGGUACAAAAACAUUUCUGCAGCAUUGAAGGUCCCCAAGAACGAAGUGGCUUCCAUCAUUCUUAAAUAGAAGAAGUUUGGAACCACCAAGACUCUUCCUAGAGCUGGCCACCCAGCCAAACUGAGCAAUCGGGGGAGAAGGGCCUUGGUCAGGGAGGUGACCAAGAACCUGAUGGUCACUCUGACAGUGCUCCAGAGUUCUUCUGUGGAGAUGGGAGAACCUUCCAGAAGGCCAACCAUCUCUGCAGCACUCCACCAAUUAGGCCUUUAUGGUAAAGUGGCCAGACGGAAGCCACUCCUCAGUAAAAGGCACAUGACAGCCCACUUGGAGUUUGCCAAAAGGCACCUUGUCACGAUCGUGUGAAGGAGGAAGACCAAAGCGCAGCGUGUUGAGUGAACAUAGUAUAUUUAUUAAAUGCUCACACGAGCAAAACAAACAACGAAACCGUGACGUCUGUGGUACAACACGCACACACACGAACAAAAUCCCACAACCCGAAAGGAAAAACAGAUAGAUUAAAUAUGGCUCCCAAUCAGAGACAAACAGCCGACAGCUGACACUCGUUUGCCUCUGAUUGGGAGUCACACCGGCAAACAUAGAAAAUAAACCACCUAGAACACCCACCAGAGAAACCGAAAACAUAGAAUGAACACACCCUGGUUCAACAUAAUGAGUCCCCGAACCAGGGUGUGACAGUACCCCCCCCUAAAGGCGCGGACUGUGACCGCGCCUAAAUACGAGCAAAACAGGGGAGGGCUGGGUGGGCAUUCUUCCUCGGCGGCGGCUCCGGCUCCGGGCCUGAUCCCCACUUCCUCUCCAACCCCCCAAAGUACUCCUGGUCCUGUCUAGCCCCGCUGGCCGGAGCCGGACUGACGACACGCGCCCCAGGCUUGGUGCGUGGAGCAGGAAUGGACCGGAAUGGGCUGGCGACGCACACCACUGACUUGGUGCGGAGAGCAGGGACGAGCCGGACAGGGCUGACGAGACGCACCACAGACUUGGUGCGGGAAGCUUGGAUGGGCCGGACUGGGCUGGCGACGCGCACCGUAUCCCUGGUGCGAGUGGCCGGAACAGGCCGGGUCGGGCUGGCGACGCGCACCGUAUCCCUGGUGCGAGUGGCCGGAACAGGCCGGGUCGGGCUGGCGACGCGCACCGUAUCCCUGGUGCGAGUGGCCGGAACAGGCCGGGUCGGGCUGGCGACGCGCACCGUAUCCCUGGUGCGAGUGACCGGAACAGGCCGGGUCGGGCUGGCGACGCGCACCGUAUCCCUGGUGCGAGUGGCCGGAACAGGCCGGGUCGGGCUGGCGACGCGCACCGUAUCCCUGGUGCGAGUGGCCGGAACAGGCCGGGUCGGGCUGGCGACGCGCACCGUAUCCUUGGUGCGAGUGGCCGGAACAGGCCGGGUCGGGCUGGCGACGCGCACCGUAUCCCUGGUGCGAGUGGCCGGAACAGGCCGGGUCGGGCUGGCGACGCGCACCGUAUCCUUGGUGCGAGUGGCCGGAACAGGCCGGGCUGGGCUGGGGACGCGCACCACAGGCUCCAUGCGAGGAACAGGAACAGACAGGACCGCACUGAGGACACACACCCCUGGCCCUACACGGGGAUCAGGAACGGGCCGGACCGGACUGGUAACACACCCCAGUACCCUUGGCCGUGCCUCUACACCUUCCUUCCCCUUCGUGACCAGUGGCCCCCUUAACCUGGCGGCCCUAUCUGCCAACCUCCUGCACUCCUCCAACCCGUACACCUGCUGCCCCGACGUCGUGAGCCCCCCCCUAAAAAUUUCCUGGGGGUCUCUCCCCCCCGUGGACCAGGCCUCCAUCAUUCUCGCCCACUUCUCGCUCCUCUGUUUCCAAUUAUCGCCCUUCAGCUCCUGUACACGCUGCUUGGUCUGGUCUUGGUGGGAUUUUCUGUCACGAUCGUGUGAAGGAGGAGACCAAAGCGCAGCGUGUUGAGUGAACAUAGUAUAUUUAUUAAAUGCUCACACGAGCAAAACAAACAACGAAACCGUGACGUCUGUGGUACAACACGCACACACACGAACAAAAUCCCACAACCCGAAAGGAAAAAAAGAUGCUCAGACCAAGAGAACAAGAUUCUCUGGUCUGAUGAAACCAAAAUUGAACUCUUUGGCCUGAAUACCAAGCGUCACGUCUGGAAGAAACCUGGCACCAUCCCUACGGUGUAGCAUGGUGGUGGCAGCAUAAUGCUUUGGGGAUGUUUUUCAGUGGCAGGGACUGGGAGACUAGUCAGGAUCGAGGCAAAGAUGAACGGAGCAAAGUACAGAGAGAUUCUUGAUGAAAACCUGCUCCAGAGCGCUCAGGAUCAGACUGGGGCGAAGGGUCACCUUCCAACAGGACAACGACCCUAAGCACACAGCCAAGAUAACGCAGGAGUGGCUUCGGGAAAAGUCUCUGAAAGUCCUUGAGUGGCCCAGCCAGAGACUUGAACCCGAUCGAAUAUCUCUGGAGAGACCUGAAAAUAGCUGUGCAGCAACGCUCCCCAUCCAACCUGACAGGGCUUGAGAGGAUCUGUAGAGAAGGUUGGGAGAAACUCCCCAAAUACAGGUGUGCCAAGCUUGUAGCGUCAUACCCAAGAAGACUCAAUGCUGUAAUCGCUGCUAAAGGUGCUUCAACAAAGUACUGAGUAAAGGGUCUGAAUACUUAUGUAAAUGUAAUAUUUACAUUUUGUAUUUGUAAUAAAUUAGCAAAAAAAUCUAAAAACCUGUUUUUGCUUUGUCAUUAUGGGUUAUUGUGUGUAGAUUGAUGAGGGGGAAAAAACUAUUUAAUCCAUUUGAGAAUAAGGCUGUAAUGUAACAAAAUGUGGAUAAAGUCAAGGGGUCUGAAUACUUUUCGAAUGCACUAUAUAACAGGGUACUCAAGUACUAUUUGAGACGGUCCGGUCACACACAUUUCCUAGGUGGGAAAGGUCCGGAUGGAUAAUGUAAUUUAUCAUCGACAAACCCCCACCGUGCAACCCAUGCGACCCCAAACUGUUUACACCCCUCUUGUUGGCAGAGAGAACAUUUUGCAGUUUUAAAGCUAAUUUCCUGCAAUUCUACACGUUUUGCAUGGGGCAGAGAUAUGUUUUGCUGUUUUAAGCUAAUUUCCUGCAAUUCUAUGCAUUCUUCCAUGUCAUAUGUGUGUUUAUAUGAUACCAGGGGUUGAAACCCGACCAAUAAAAAACAAUAUAUAUUUAUACAGUACCAGUCAAAAGUUUGGACACACCUACUCAUUCAAGGGUUUUUCUUUAUUUUUACUAUUUUCUACAUUGUAUAAUAACAGUGAAGAUAUCAAAACUAUGAAAUAACACAUCUAGUAACCAAAAAAGUGCUAAUCAAAUCAAAAUCUAUUUUAGAUGUUAGAUUCUUCAAAGUAGCCACCCUUUGCCUCGAUGACAGCUUUGCACACUCUUGGCAUUCUCUCAAACAGCUUCACCUGGAAUGCUUUUCCAACAGUCUUGAAGGAGUUCCCACAUAUGCUGAGCACUUGUUGGCUGCUUUUACUUCACUCUUCUUCGGUCCAACUCAUCCCAACCAUCUCAAUUGGGUUGAGGUCGGGUGAUUGUGGAGGCCAGGUCAUCUGAUGCAGUACUCCAUCACUAUCCUUCUUGGUCAAAUAGCCCUUACACAGCCUGGAGGUGUGCUGGGGCAUUGUCCUGUUGAAAAACAAAUGAUAAGCGCAACCCAGAUGGGAUGGCGUAUCGCUGCAGAAUGCUGUGGUAGCCAUGCGGGUUAAGUGUGCCUUGAAUUCUAAAUAAAUCACUGUCAGUGUCACCAGCAAAGAACCCCCACACCAUCACACCUCCUCCUCCAUGCUUCACGGUGGGAACCACACAUGCAGAAAUCAUCCAUCCACCUAGACACGGCGGUUGGAACCAAAAAUCUCAAAUUUGGACUCAUCAGACCAAAUGACAGAUUUCCACCGGUCUAAUGUCCAUUGUUCGUGUUUCUUGGCCCAAGCAAGUCUCUUCUUCUUAUUGGUGUCCUUUAGUAAUGGUUUCUUUGCAGCAAUUCGACCAUGAAGGCCUGAUUCACGCAGUCUCCUCUGAACAGUUGAUGUUGAGAUGUGUCUGUUACGUGAGCAUUUAUUUGGGCUGCAAUCUGAGGUGCAGUUAACUCUAAUGAACUUAUCCUCUGCAGCAGAGGUAAAUCUGGGUCUUUCUUUCCUGUGGCGGUCCUCAUGAGAGCCAGUUUCAUCAUAGCGCUUGAUGGUUUUUGCGUCUGCACUUGAAGAAACGUUAAAAGUUAUUGAAAUGUUCCGUAUUGACUGUCCGUCAUGUCUUAAAGUAAUGAUGGACUGUCGUUUCUCUUUGCUUAUUUGAGCUGUUCUUGCCAUAAUAUGGAUAUGGUCUUUUACCAAAUAGGGCUAUCUUCUGUAUACCCCCCCCCCUACCUUGUCACAACACAAAUGAUUGGCUCAAACGCGUUACGAAGGAAAGGAAUUCCACAAAUUAACUUUUAAGAAGGCACACCUGUUAAUUGAAAUGCAUUCCAGGUGAAUACCUCAUGAAGCUGGUUGAGAGAAUGCCAAGAGUGUGCAAAGCUGUCAUCAAGGCAAAGGGUGGCUAUUUGAUUUGUUUAACACUUCUUUGGUUACUACAUGAUUCCAUAUGUGUUAUUUCAUACUUUUGAUGUCUUCACUAUUAUUCUACAAUGUAGAAAAUAGUACAAAUAAAGAAAAACCCUUCAAUGAGUAGGUGUGUCCAAACCUUUGACUAGUACUGUAUAUACAGCAUAAUACAAUACAGAACAAUAAUACAGUUCACACUCAAAAAGAUUAGCCUACUGGAGCUAGUUUAAUUGACUUACCCAAGAGAGUAUAUAGCUAGCUACAUAUAUGGGCUUUAUGUUUUUUCUGUCGUGUGUAAUGUGCAGUAGCCUACAGUGCAUUCGGAAAGUAUUCAGACCCCUUGACUUGUUCUACAUUUUGUUACGUUACAGCCUUAUUUUAAAAUUGAUUGAAUUGUUUUUUUUCCUCAUCAAUCUACACACAAUACCCCAUAAUGACAAAGCAAAAACAGGUUUUUAUAAAUUUUUGCAAAUGUAUAAAAAAUAAACAACUGAAAUAUCACAUUUACAGUUGAAGUCGGAAGUUUACAUACACUUAGAUUGGAGUCAUUAAAAUACGUUUUUCAACCAAUCCACACAUUUCUUGCAUGACACAAGUAAUUUUUCCAACAAUUGUUUACAGACAGAUUAUUUCACUUAUAAUUCACUGUAUCACAAUUCCAGUGGGUCCGAAGUUUACAUACACUAAGUUGACUGUGCCUUUAAACAGCUUUGGAAAAUUCAGGGAAAUGAUGUCAUGGCUUUAGAAGCUUCUGAUAGGCUAAUUUACAUAAUUUGAGUCAAUUAGAGGUGUACCUGUGGAUGUAUUUCAAGGCCUACCUUCAAACUCAGUGCCUCUUUGCUUGACAUAAUGGGAAAAUCAAAAGAAAUCAGCCAAGACCUCAGAAAAAAAAUUGUAGACCUCCACAAGUCUGGUCCAUCCUUGGGAGCAAUUUCCAAACGCCUGAAGGCACCACGUUCACCUGUACAAACAAUAGUACGCAAGUAUAAAUACCAUGGGACCACGCAGCCGCCAUACCGCUCAGGAAGGAGAUGCGUUCUGUCUCCUAGAGAUGAACGUACUUUGGUGCGAAAAGUGCAAAUCAAUCCCAGAACAACAGCAAAGAACCUUGUGAAGAUGCUGGAGGAAACAGGUACAAAAGUAUCUAUAUCCACAGUAAAUCGUGUCCUAUAUCGACAUAACCUGAAAGGCCGCUCAGCAAGGAAGAAGCCACUGCUCCAAAACCGCCAUAAAAAAAAGCCAGACUACUGUUUGCAACUGCACAUGGGGACAAAUAUCUUCUUUUUGGAGAAAUGUCCUCUGGUCUGAUGAAUAAAAAAUAGAACUGUUUGGCCAUAAUGAUCAUCGUUAUGUUUGAAGGAAAAAGGGGGUAGGCUUGCAAGCCGAAGAACACCAUCCACCAAAUUAUGUGGAUAUAUUGAAGCAACAUCUCAAGACAUCAGUCAGGAAGUUAAAGCUUGGUCGCAAAUGGGUCUUCCAAAUGGACAAUGACCCCAAUCAUACUUCCAAAGUUGUGGCAAUAUGGCUUAAGGACAACAAAGUCAAGGUAUUGGAGUGGCCAUCACAAAGCCCUGACCUCAAUCCUAUAUAAAAUAUGUGGGCAGAACUAAAAAAGCGUGUGCAAGCAAGUAGGCCUACAAACCUGAUUCAGUUACACCAGCUCUGUCAGGAGGAAUGGGCCAAAACUCAUCCAACUUAUUGUGGGAAGCUUGUUGAAUGCUACCCGAAACGUUUGACCCAAGUUAAACAAUUUAAAGGCAAUGCUAACAAAUACUAUUUGAGUGUAUGUCAACUUCUGACCCACUGGGAAUGUGAUGAAAGAAAUAAAAGCUGAAAUAAAUAAUUCUCUCUACUAUUAUUCUGACAUUUCACAUUCUUAAAAUAAAUUGUUGAUCCUAACUGACCCAAAACAGGGAAUUUAAACUAGGAUUAAAUAUCAGGAAUUGUGAAAAACUGAGUUUAAAUGUAUUUGGCUAAGGUGUAUGUAAACUUCCGACUUCAACUGUACAUAAGUCUUCAGACCCUUUACACAGUACUUUGUUGAAACAUCUUUGGCAGCGAUUACAUCAUCGAGUCUUCUUGGGUAUGACGCUACAAGCUUGGCACAGCUGUAUUUGGGGAGUUUCUCCCAUUCUUAUCUGCAGAUCCUCUAAAGCUCUGCCAGGUUGCACAGCUAUUUUCAGGUCUCUCCAGAGAUGUUAGAUCGGGUUCCAGGACGGGCUCUUGCUGGGCCACUCAAGGACAUCCAGAGACUUGUCCCGAAGCCAUUCCUGCGUUGUCUUGGCUGUGUGCUCAGGGUCAUUGUCCUGUUGGAAGGUUAACCUUUGCCUCAGUCUGAGGUCCUGAGUGCUCUGGAGCAGGUUUUCAUCAAGGAUCUCUCUGUACUUUGCUCCGUUCAUCUUUCCCUCGAUCCUGACUAGUCUCCCAGUCCCUGCCGCUGAAAAACAUCCCCAUAGCAUGAUGCUGCCACCACCAUGCUUCACCGUAGAGAUGGUGCCAAGUUUCCUCCAGACGUGACGCUUGGCAUUCAUGCCAAAUAGUUCAAUCUUGGUUUCAUCAGACCAGAGAAUCUUGUUUCUCAUGAUAUGAGUCCUUUAGGUGCUUUUUGGCAAACUCCAAGCGGGCUGUCAUGUGCCUUUUACUGAGGAGUGGCUUCCGUCUGGCCACUCUACCAUAAAGGCCUGAUAGGUGGAGUGCUGCAGAGAUGGUUGUCCUUCUGGGAGUGUCUCCCAUCUCAACAGAGGAACUCUGGAGCUCUGUCAGAGUGACAAUCACGUUCUUGGUCACGUCCCUGACCAAGGCCCUUCUCCCCCGAUUGCUCAGUUUGGCUGGGCGGCCAGCUCUAGGAAGAGUCUUGGUUGUUCCAAACUUCUUCCAUUUAAGAAUGAUGGAGGCCACUGUGUUCUUGGGGACCUUCAAUGCUGCAGACAUUUUUUGGUGCACUUCCCCAGAUCUGCGUCUCGACACAAUCCUAUCAUGGAGCUCUAUGGACAAUUCCUUCGACCUCAUGGCUUGGUUUUUGCUCUGACAUACACUGUCAACUCUGGGACCUUAUAUAGACAGGUGUGUGCCUUUCCAAAUCAUGUCCAAUCAAUUGAAUUUACCACAGGUGCACUCCAAUCAAGUUGUAGAAACAUCUCAAGGAUGAUAAAUGGAAACAGGAUGCACCUGAGCUCAAUUUCGAGUCUCAUAGCAAAGGGUCUGAAUACUUCUGUAAAUAAGCCAUUUAUGCGUUUUAUUUUGAAUCAAUUCGCAAAAAAUUCGAAAAACCAGUUUUUGCUUUGUCAUUAUGGAGUUUUGUCUGUAGAUUGAUGAGGAAAACAACAACAAUUUCAUCCAUUUUAGAAUAAGGCUGCAAUGUAACAAAAUGUGGAAAAAGGGAAAGUGUCUGAAUACUUUCCGAAUGCACUGUAUAUAACUAAAAUGCAUCAGCUAUACAUCUGAAGCAUCCAUCCACCCUCAUGCAUCCAUCCACAUACUUCUUUCCUCUCUUCAGGUUAAGGAACUUCAGCAGAUGCUCCUGCCUGCACGCCAUCCCAAUCACACCAGUUAUGUACAGUUUCUGGGUUUUGGGUUUGGAUUGCAGCGCAUCCCUGGCUUGAAAUCCUUGGCAUCCCUGUAAAAUGAAGUGAAUAAGCAUGAGUGAAAAAAGCAGUUAAUGUUUCAUGUAGCCUAUGCCUGAAGCUCGUUCAGAGCAUCUGACAGAGGUGACGUUUAUAACUACGUUUUAAAUUAUUGUAUUAAUUUAUGAGCUGCAAACGCAAUGCUCAUUUAUUAUUUCUUAAUGACCAUUUUGCUUCCUAUGGCGGGCAACGGAGGUCUGGUUGUCGGCCAUGCUGGAAAUGUUAUCUGGCGUUAUUGUGUCAUUAAUUGUCAAUUUAGUGUGUCAGGCGGUGCCCCACUGUCUGAUUCAUAUCGUGUGAUUUCUGAUGAUAGUUCUCGAUUAUAUCGACUGAUUGCUAUAGUAUGGGGUGCCAAUCAGUCGAUACAAUCGAGAACUAUUAUCAGAAAUCAUGUGAUAUGUGUUGGUGAACACAUAAUUAGGAGAGGGAGUACAAACCAACGACGCUAGACAGAGAGGAAUUUGCUUAAGCAAAAGGCAGUUUAUUAAACCCAGAGAUAUCUUGUACUGUUAGGCUACAUGCAUGGGAUCCUGCUAAUUAACAUGCAUGGACCCAAUCAAUUGCCUCUUAUGGAGACAGUUGAGAAGGAUGUCUAAAACAGAGUUUGCAGCAUUACUUUAUACAAUGUAACAUAAAGGAAGGGGUCCUUCUUCUAGUCCCUUGAUUGGUUCCCGAGGCGUAGGAGGCGGGUCUGCUCUGUCCAGAGUAGAAGCCCCAUUGGUGCACGGCAGAGUCCUCUGCCCUUGGCACCCGACCAGUAGAAGGAAGUGGAGAAUGAGUGUGCGUGCAAAUGAAAUGUUUUGUGUGUGUCCAGGAACUCGUGAGGAGGAUCUGGUGAUUGUGGCCUUGGGCGUGGGUGUUGUCCAGUUAUCGUACUCCUGUAAGAUUAGGCCAUCUGGUGCUCUGUUCUUUGUUCGCUACUAAAAUGUUAUGCACAGACAACUAACACACUGUUAGUAUCAGACACAUGACACAGAACAUUUAUUGAAAACAAGCUCCUAACGGGUCUUUGCACAACAUUUUAGUCAGACCAAUCUAUAACAUUUUAUAUUUACUACGACAAAUGAAAUAGACAGAGGGGCGCCGCCUGACCCAGUAGUUGGUCAGAAGGUUUCCAAAUCAACGUUUCAUAUCGUAAUUUCCGUGUAGGCAAAAAGCAUCAACCACCACUGUUAUUACACCCGUAUAAAUUGGUUGGUUACCAAGGCAACUACUGUAGCUUAGCUAGCUAGUAAACUUGCUAGCUACUUCAGGGUGUUGUCACAUUUCUACUGGCAAAUGAAUACAUUUCUAGCAGCAAAUAUGUUAAUGUAUAGCCAUGGUAUAAAAGGGAUAAUCAACUCAGGGCUCUAUGCAUUCUCUGGAAAAUAAUGCAACUGUGGAAGGUUAGGUAGACUCUGGUAACGUGUCGUGGAACACACAUUCCACGUUGUGCAUUAUUUUCCAGAGAACACAUAGCCCUUCUUUGAUUAUCCCUUGCAUAAGAACAAUUAUUUAUUUAUUGAAUAUUUUUCGAAUACUAUUCAUUGCAUUGAAAUAUGUAUUAAAGGAACAGUGAUGUGAUAGUGAUGGUUUAACUUGGUGUUUGUCUCCACAGCUCUCCAUAAGGAGCCCUACAUCAUGUUCUCCACAGAGAAUAAGUCUAUUAUCUGCAUCAAGUGUUUCAGACAAGUGUGAAGGAGUGAAGCUCCUACUACAGCAACACCAGAUUCACACAGGAACACUGUGAGUAAAUCUAAUUUAUGUUUCUGCCAAAUUAUUGCACAUCGAUUUGGUACUGGUAACCAUGUAUAGCCAAGUUAUCUUUACUCAUUGUGUAUUUAUUAUUACUUUUAUUAUUAUGUGUUUUACUUGUCUAUUAUUUCUCUAUCUUCUUUCUCUCUGCAUUGUUGAGAGGGGCCGAAAGUAAGCAUUUCACUGUUAGUCUACACGUUAUUUACGAAGCAUGUAACAAAUAACAUUUGAUUCGAUUUGAAAUUCAACAGGGAGAGCCUGACACACUGCAUUGACAUUGCGACAGAAUAAUUGCAACCCAGCUAGCACAUAACGUUCUGAGAACCAUAUGUUUCUUAGAGCUUGGUGAGAGCGUGGUUGUCCUAUGGUUGUUUUGCAUGCAACCUUCCCAUAACAUUCUGGGAAUGGUGCAGGAUAGUUGCUUGGCUUUGGAACUUUCUCAGCACAUUUAAGAAACAUUACAGUAUUUUCUUGGUGUUCCAUUACUUUGACAGAACGUUUCCUAAAAGUUCAAACAUGGUUAGAUUUAAUUUAAAUUUUGGUAAUGUUCUAGGAACUUUCUCCAAUUGGUUUGGCAUUGGGAAUGUUCUCAAAUAGUUCAGAGAACAUUAAGAAACAACGUUCUUCUGUGGGAAUUUCAGUAAUUCAGCAUAAUGUUUCCAAUAGGUUUCCUCAUUUGUUCCAAGAACGUUAAGAAACAAUGUUCUUCUGUGGGAAUUUCAGUACUUCAGUUCUUCUGUGGGAUUUUCAGUACUUCAGCAUAACGUUUUUCUACAGGUUUCCUCAUGGUUGUAUUCAAAGUCAUGUUCUCAAAUUGUUCUGAGAAUGUUAAGGAAACUUUUCAUAAAGCCACAAGAAAACUUUAGUAACAUUCAGAGAACGUUCUAAGAAUGUUAUUUGAAAACACAUACAUUCCGUUCUCAGCAUCAACAAAACUCUCUCUAUCCUCUAUCUUGUUCAGUGUGUUCAGGUGUGUUGGCCACGCCCACUAAUUGGCCACACCUGACGUUAAGGAGUGCUUGUUUCCUUUGAAAUGGGGUCUGUUUAAAUUGACAAAAAUGAACAGCUUUGUAAGCGUAAAAAAAACAACAUGGCAUGCUAGCUCCAUCCUGGGGGCGCAAUGGACUAAUUCCAUGGAUAGAGAAUAGAAGAUUAUAGGUUUGAAUCUCACUGAUGCGGUGUCGCAAUAAAAAAUAAAUGUGUUUGCCUGAUUAAUGCCUAAGGAAAUGAAUUUACAUGUGUCCUAUCUGUGCUUGGAGUAAAACAAAUAAGAUAGCAGUGUUAUUAAAGUCUUAUUGAAACAUUCAGUGACAUUUUUGAGGACAUUAUUAAAAAAACUCAAAAUAACCUAUAAUUUCCAUUCUCAGAGCGUUAAUUAAACCUCCCAGAAGGAACCAGAGUAAAUUAAACCUUCCGGAAGGAACCAGAGUAAAACGUUCUCAGAACUUCCAUGCAACCUAAGAAUAGAACAGGCAAAAUGUUCACUUCCGUUCUUAGAACGUUUAAAAAAUGUUCAGUUUUACCGGUCAGGAAAUGUAUGGCUUCGUUCCCAGAACCAAUGGGAAACCAAAAACGUACAUUCCCACAACUUCCAAGGAACCAAAUGUUCUAGCUGGGAAGGCUGUGAGAUUCUAGACCAGGCAGUGCUGGUGAGUGGAUUUACUUUUAUUCUCGAGAUACAUUGUGUGGUAUAACAUCGAUGGUUCGCAGUCACCCCCUCUGGAAAUCCCUGUUUUAUCUGUAUAGUCCUCACAACUCCAUGGCCUAUGUAGUAUGUUAAAAUAUGAAUCUCCUUCAGCAACUCUGAAUUGUUUCCAUGCUGUAUUUUACAUGCCAUAGUAUAGGAUCCUUAUGUUGUUGAUUUUGAAAAGCUACAGGCUGGGUCUUGGGUUUGAGAUAAAGCAUAUGAUCAUGUGUGUUUGGUUUAGCUACAGGUUAGUUCUAGGUGAAUGAGAAUAUCUACCAUGUCCAUGUGUGAGCCUUGCUUCCUCUGUAGGCAGUGAAGGAGCUGCAGGCCCGUGAAGCUAUUAUCAUGCUGAGGGCCAUGAUAGGGGAGGUGUGCUCCAAUAUGGAGGAAGAGGAGAACGCAAUCUGCAACCUCUUCAACAGUAUACAGGUAAGACAUCACUAAAGGACUCUUUUCAGGUCACCUGGAAAAAACAGAUGGUAUUGAUAAUGUUGUUAUUGAGAUACAAAUGUAUUAAAUAAACAUUGUGAAAUUUAACUAUCUAAGUGCAAGAAAAUAAAUAUAGUUCCAAAUUGGAAUAUGUGAUGAUGGUGCCUCACCACUGGGUGUCUCUCUUGCUCUUUUUGUGAAAAGAUUUAAAGGUCUUCUGCACUCACCAAAAACUCUAUGAAUGGAGUUAAACCAAACACAUACUGGUACAAUUACAAAACAAUGUGUACCACAAAAUUACAUUUUAGAGAAAACUCACUAGAAGUUAAAUCCCCAGACAGUUAUUUGCUCAAAUAGAGGGUGGCAAACAAGGACCACAGUCUUUUUCACGGUAGGCCUACUACUAGUGGAUGACUUCUUAGCCCACAGCCAUUUUACAUUUGAGUCAUUUAGCAGACACUAAUCCAGAGCAAUUUACAGUAGUAAGUGCAUACAUUUUAAUUUGUACUGGUCCUUGUGAUGAACUGUUUCUCUGCUCUCAUCUGUCAGGAAAGAGAGGAAGAAAAUUAUGUUGCUAGUGGCUCACAGGUACUGCAUUACUUUACUAUGAAACUGUUGCUUUGAUGCCAUAAAGACAAUGGAUAGGCAAUAUUUUAGGCAUAGAUUGAAGUUAGCAAUUUCCCCAAGGUCUCAAAGUGCCUUACAUUGUACAGGGUUAACAAACCUAAUUUACCACUAAGAAUGUGUUGCAGCCAUUUUAUGCCAGAACCCUGGUGUAGGCUAGUUUCCAUUUGGCCCCAUGAGAGAGACUUUACAGUACACAAUUAAAACAAGAAUGGCAAGGCAAACAGAGUGAGGACUGCUUCAAAACAAUACUCAUCAUUCCAUGUCCACGGCUGCAGUUCAUGGUUACAUAUAAUCCAUGAAAAUGUGUAGAUAACCUCUGAGGUAUUGAUAUUUACUCUCUGGUAGCAUUCCAUCACAGCUAGUGGAGCAGGAAGCUACAGCCUUGGGGCCACUGGACUGCAGCAUUACUUACUCUGGAGUGUGUGAGGGAGGAAGUGUAUCAGGUUGCAUUGUGUAGAGAUCUUUAAUUAGAUUUUUGUGCCCUUAGUCCUCCAUCUUUCUUGCACCGCUGCCUGGAAGCAGACAAGUGACUGUCUGUAUUCCCGGAAGGGAGUUAAAGGCUAUUUAUGGCAGGCUGUGUGUUUCUGUCUCUGUGUCUGUCUGUGUGUAUGUGUUUGUAAUGGGAAGCAGACUAUAGAUAAGGACCUGGAUAUAUGGAGCAUGAGUUUCUGUGUUGUUGUGUGGGUAUUUCUUUAAUCCUCUGCAUCGAGGGGAUAGUUGUGAAGUGGUAAUGUUGUGUGUGUUUGCAGCCAACAUGAAGAAAAGGAGAAGGCGCUAAAGGAGCGCAGAUAUCACACCUUGCAGUCCUCCUGCCAACAUUGCAGGUUAGGUCAUCAGACACCCCUAACUCAUAUCUCCAUAUCCCCAGGUCUGGAAUUAACAGUGUAUAACUAAUUGCCAAACUCAUAUGGAGCUAAAUGAUACCCAUAAAUAAAAUUGACAGUGGUAUAUAUUGUUAGUUAUUACAUGAACAGUUAAUUAUUCACCAGCCCUCCAGUGUGGUUGACCUCUGACCUUCACUGAUGCCCUCUCAAAGGUUCACCUGGUCACCUGCUCAGCCUUCCUCAGCUCAGCCAACAAGUUUGAGUGUCUGGACAUGGGAUAUGUGAGUACUGGCACUUCAUAUUCUGGGGAGAAUCAAAGAUAGAAUGGAUAAAUUCACCAGAGGUUUGCAUCACGCAUGGCGUCUCUCUCUUCCACAGAAACUGAGAGGCUGAGGAGGAUUGUGAAGCUCCCUCAUCGAAUGCGACCAGUGCAAAGCAGCAAAGAGAGUGUGACCCGUCUAUUCUGACCUUACAAAACAAUGUGAUUUUACUCAACAUUGUCAUGUAGAAUUAGUAUUGUAUACAGUAUACUAGACCUACAGUAAAUGUCUUGUCUCUUCCCUCAAAGAAAGGUGCUAGCCAAACUCUGACCUAGAUGAUCUCUCUCUCCCCUCAGAUUAACACAGACUAUAGGUGUGAGUUUGCUCGCUGUCUGGAGCCCUUACUGCUGCUGGGACAGCGCCGCCCAGCCCCAUCACCAGGGCAACUAGUACCGCAGCCCUGUGAGUCUUUUUGGCCUUAAAAUAUAAUCGUUGGCUUGAAAGGCUCUGAAAUCUCCCCUCAUCUCUGGCUUUCAGUGUAUAAGGUUGAAUGUAAUAUUUCAAUAUCAUUCACACAUAUAAAAGAUGAGAUAUGAUAAAAAGUACUAUAUUACAUAUUGGAUCACUAAAAAAUAAAAAAUUUACAUUACCAUGUAGUUUACCAAUAAAAUGGUCUGAUGGUGAUGUGGAUAUACUCGGAAUACAUAUCCCAUAUGAAAUAAAUGAUCUCACUCCAAUACAUUUUAAUAGAAAGUUAGCAAAAAUUGAUAAGAUCUUGCUACCAUGGAAAGGUAAAUACCUGUCAAUUUGUGGAAAAAUCACCCUGAUUAACUCUUUAGUAUUAUCCCAGUUUACCUAUUUGCUUAGGGUGUUGCCUACACCUAGCGAACAGUUUUUGAAAUUAUAUGAGAAAAAAAUAUUCCAUUUUAUUUGGAACGGCAAGCCAGACAAAAUUAAACGGGCCUAUUUAUAUAAUGAAUAUGAGUUCGGAGGACAGAAAUUAUUAAAUAUUAAAGCAUUAGACCUAUCACUAAAAGCUUCAGUCAUACAAAAGUUAUACUUAAAUCCGAACUGGUUCUCUAGCAAAUUAGUAAGAUUGUCUUACCCGAUGUUCAAGAAUGGCCUUUUUCCCUUUAUUCAGAUUACAACCUCUCACUUUCAGUUAUUUGAAAAGGAAAUAAUCUCCCAAAUAUCACUAUUUCUAAAACAAGCCAUAGAAAGUUGGUUGCAAUUUCAAUAUAAUCCUCCAGAAACUCCAGAACAAAUAAUGCAACAAAUAUUGUGGUUAAACUCAAAUAUACUAAUUGAUUAAAAAAACAUUACUUUUUGAAAAAUAAAAUUUAAAAAAAGGAUAAUCUUCGUAAAUUAUAUCAUAGGUAGGACUGGUGGAGUUAUGUUGCACAUGCAGCUAACAAAAACAUAUGGAAAUGUCUGCUCUACCCAAAAUUACAACCAAAUAAUUGCAGCAUUACCGCAAAAAUGGAAGAGGAAAGUGGAAGGGGGAAAAAGUAAGGAACUUGUCUGUCGGCCCUGCAUUAAAGAACAUAAUUGGUUAAAGAUAAUUGUGAUAAAUAAAAAAGUAUACCAGUUUCCUUUAAGGACCAAAGGAUUGACAGCCGUCCCAUAUAGAUUGCAAAAUAGUUGGGAAGAGAUUUUUGACGUACCGAUUCCAUGGCAUAGUGUUUAUGAACUGAUACGCAAAACGACGCCGGAUUCAAAACGUAUAAUUGUUCAAUUUAAAUUAUUAUACAAAAUUCUUGCUACCUAUAUAAUGUUAUUUAUAUGGGGGAUACAGUCUUCCCAGCUCUGCAGAUUUUGCUGCGAAGAGACAAAAUCAUUAGAUCAUUUGUUUUGGUACUGUCCAUUUGUAGCUUGUUUUUGGACACAGGUCCAGGAAUGGCUAAAGGAUUGCAAUAUUUACCUGGAGCUAACCCUGCAGAUAGCACUACUGGGUGAUCUGAAAAGUCAUAGUCAAUCGAUCAAUAAUAUAAUAAUACUUUUAGCAAAAAUGUUUAUUUUCAAUUUACAAUCUGUAGAAACAAUGAGAAUAGAAGGGUUCAGAACUUUUGUAAAACAUCACAGUACAGUUGAAAAAUAUAUGGCAAAUAGAAAUCCAAUAUGGAUGGUGUUAAGAGAUAGAUGGGAGGUGUUGAAUGGAGUUGAAGGAUGGGACUAAUAACAACUAACAACAAAUAAUAACAACAAGAUAACUAAUGUAAAGCAUACUGUGUCCAUAAUAAGUAUAUAGGUUAUAGGUUGAGAGCUUUUGUGAAAGAGAAGAGUUAGAAAUAUAUGGCAUAUAGAAGCAAACCGGAUGGACAUCAUGAAAAUGAUCGGAGAGGUUGAGGGUAGAGGAAGUUCAGGAGUAAAAACAAACAAAAUAGAAUUAUUGUAAAAUUGACUGUGUCCAUAAAAUGUUUAUAGGAUGUAUAAACUGGAAGUAGAGACCUAAACAUUGUUGUUCACUAGUUUACUCCAAUUAGGGAAGGGGUGGUGGGGUUGGAAAGUAAUAAAGGGAAAUAUAUAUUUUUAAAGGAUAUGUACAGUGGGGAAAAAAAGUAUUUAGUCAGCCACCAAUUGUGCAAGUUCUCCCACUUAAAAAGAUGAGAGAGGCCUGUCAUUUUCAUCAUAGGUACACGUCAACUAUGACAGACAAAAUGAGAAAAAAAAUUCCAGAAAAUCACAUUGUAGGAUUUGGAAUGAAUUUAUUUGCAAAUUAUGGUGGAAAAUAAGUAUUUGGUCAAUAACAAAAGUUUCUCAAUACUUUGUUAUAUACCCUUUGUUGGCAAUGACACAGGUCAAACGUUUUCUGUAAGUCUUCACAAUGUUUUCACACACUGUUGCUGGUAUUUUGGCCCAUUCCUCCAUGCAGAUCUCCUCUAGAGCAGUGAUGUUUUGGGGCUGUCGCUGGGAAACACAGACUUUCAACUCCCUCCAAAGAUUUUCUAUGGGGUUGAGAUCUGGAGACUGGCUAGGCCACUCCAGGACCUUGAAAUGCUUCUUACGAAGCCACUCCUUCAUUGCCCGGGCGGUGUGUUUGAGAUCAUUGUCAUGCUGAAAGACCCAGCCACGUUUCAUCUUCAAUGCCCUUGCUGAUGGAAGGAGGUUUUCACUCAAAAUCUCACGAUACAUGGCCCCAUUCAUUCUUUCCUUUACACGGAUCAGUCGUCCUGGUCCCUUUGCAGAAAAACAGACCCAAAGCAUGAUGUUUCCACCCCCAUGCUUCACAGUAGGUAUGGUGUUCUUUGGAUGCAACUCAGCAUUCUUUGUCCUCCAAACACGACGAGUUGAGUUUUUACCAAAAAGUUCUAUUUUGGUUUCAUCUGACCAUAUGACAUUCUCCCAAUCCUCUUCUGGAUCAUCCAAAUGCACUCUAGCAAACUUCAGACGGGCCUGGACAUGUACUGGCUUAAGCAGGGGGACACGUCUGGCACUGCAGGAUUUGAGUCCCUGGCGGCGUAGUGUGUUACUGAUGGUAGGCUUUGUUACUUUGGUCCCAGCUCUCUGCAGGUCAUUCACUAGGUCCCCCCGUGUGGUUCUGGGAUUUUUGCUCACCGUUCUUGUGAUCAUUUUGACCCCAGAUCGAGGGAGAUUAUCAGUGGUCUUAUAUGUCUUCCAUUUCCUAAUAAUUGCUCCCACAGUUGAUUUCUUCAAACCAAGCUGCUUACCUAUUUCAGAUUCAGUCUUCCCAGCCUGGUGCAGGUCUACAAUUUUGUUUCUGGUGUCCUUUGACAGCUCUUUGGUCUUGGCCAUAGUGGAGUUUGGAGUGUGACUGUUUGAGGUUGUGGACAGGUGUCUUUUAUACUGAUAACAAGUUCAAACAGGUGCCAUUAAUACAGGUAACGAGUGGAGGACAGAGGAGCCUCUUAAAGAAGAAGUUACAGGUCUGUGAGAGCCAGAAAUCUUGCUUGUUUGUAGGUGACCAAAUACUUAUUUUCCACCAUAAUUUGCAAAUAAAUUCAUAAAAAAUCCUACAAUGUGAUUUUCUGGAUUUUUUUUUCUCAAUUUGUCUGUCAUAGUUGACGUGUACCUAUGAAAUUACAGGCCUCUCUCAUCUUUUUAAGUGGGAGAACUUGCACAAUUGGUGGCUGACUAAAUACUUUUUUCCCCCACUGUAUGACAGUGUGCCUCUCUAUACACACACAAAUUGGGUAUGAAUGUAUUUGGCUGAAGUAUAAGAUCCAGUGAGGAUGCCUGGACUCAAAUUCAAGCAUUGGGCAUUGGGCUUAGCUGUUACCAGAGUUUUAACAGAAUCAAAAUGUCUCCUUCGAGAGCCUUGAUUCUUAGUUGGCGUAAGCUAUAGUUGUAGGUUUUUGACACAGACAGAGAGGGUCACUGUCCAUGUGGACACAAGUCCAUGUGGACACAAGUGACACAUGCUCCCUGACCAAUAUUCCACAUAAAUUACUCCCAACUGUUCACAGGUUCCCAAACCCCCACCAUACUGACUGUCCUCCCUCCCAACCAGUGCCACUCCAUGUAAGAUGCGGAGUGGGCAGGGAUGGCACUGAGCAGGCUGGCACUAUUUUUACCAGAAUUUCACAGACAUUUCCAGGAUUCAUCUGGUAGCUAGGCACACACAGAAGUGGCGGGGCCAAUUUGUUCCAUGCCACUGAUAUCACUGCCUUUGCCAAUGUCUUAAAUUGGUAUCAGUGGUGGCGGCAGCAGGUGGAUACUCACAGGACUAAAUGCAUAUGGCAGGGUGAGAGAGAGAGACGCUCACAGCAAACAAUCACACUUGCUCUAGGUAUAGUUCUACUGCUGUAUCAAGGCAUGUGCCAGGCAAGAAAAUCUGGACUAAAAGCAUCCCAGAGCCCAGGUAAGCUGCAUGGCUUCUCUAGUCGUGUGCCGAUAAACUUUUUCGGUAAUUAUAGAAUAUCUGUCUUUACCUACUGGCUAAUUAUACAGUAUUUAUUCAAUGUUUCAUUUGCAACAUACAUACAGUAGCCCUCUCUCAUUCAUGGUGUACAGUACAAUGGUAAACUAUGGCAAACAUUUGGUUAAAAUGGUGAUAUUAAGUGUUAGGAAGGGCUGUUAAAGUGGUGUACAAUAUAAUGGAAUAGCUACGGUCCCUUCAGAAAGUAUUCACACCCCUUGCCUUGUUCUACAUUUUUGUUGUGUUACAGCCUGAAUUUAAAAUUGAUUAAAUAGAGAUAUUGUGUCUCUGGCCUACACACAAUACCCUAUAAUGUCAAAGUGAAAUUAUGUUUGUAGAAAUUCUGGCUAAUUAAUUAAAAAUGAAAAGCUGAAAUGUCUUGAGUCAAUAAGUAUUCAAACCCUUUUUUAUGCCAAGCCUAAAUAAGUUCAAGAAUAAGAAUUCGCUUAACAAGUCACAUACGUUGCAUUGACUCACUCUGUGUGCAAUAAUAGUGUUUAACAUGAUUUUUGAAUGACUACCUCAUCUCUGUACCCUACACAUACAAUUAUCUGUAAGGUCCCUCAGUCGAGCAGUGAAUUUCAAACACAGAUUCAACCACAAAGUCCAGGGAGGUUUUCCAAUGCCUCGCAAAGAAGGGCACCUAUUGGUAGAUGGGUAAAAAUACAAAAAAGCAGACACAGAAUAUCCCUUUGAGCAUGGUGAAGUUAUUAAUUACAAUUUGGAUGGUGUAUCAAUACAUCCAGUCACUACAACGAUACAGGCGUCCUUCCUAACUCAGUUCCCAGAGAGGAAGGAAACCACUCAGGGAUUUCACCAUGAGAUCAAUGGUGACUUUAAAACAGUUAUAGAGUUUAAUGGCUGUGAUAGGAGAAAACUGAGGAUGGAACAUUGUAGUUACUCCACAACACUAACCUAAAUGACAGAGUGAAAAGAAGGAAGCCUGUACAGAAUAAAAAUAUUCCAAAACAUGCAUCCUGUUUGCAAUACGGCACUAAAGGAAAACUGCAAAAAAAAUGGCAAAGAAAUGAACUUCAUGUCCUGAAUACAAAGCUUUAUGUUUGGGGCAAAUCCAACACAACACAUCACUGAGUACCACUCUUCAUAUUUUCAAGCAUGGUGGUGGCUGCAUCAUGCUAUGGGUAUGCUUGUCAUCGGCAAGGACUAGGACGUUUUUUAGGAUAAAAGUAAACAGAAUAGAGCUAAGCACAGGCAAAAUCCUAGAGGAAAACCUGGUUCAGUCUGCUUUUUAACAGACACUGGGAGACAAAUUCACCUUUCAGCAGGACAAUAACCUAAAACACAAGGCCGAAUAUACACUGGAGUUGCUUACCAAGACGACAUUGAAUGUUCCUGAGUGGCCUAGUUACAGUUUUGACUUAAAUCGGCUUAAAAAUCUAUGGAAAGACUUAAAAAUGGCUGUCUAGCAACGAUCAACAACCAACUUGACAGAGCUUGAAGAAUUUUUAAAAGGAUAAUGUGCAAAUAUUGUACAAUCCAGGUGUGCAAAGCGCUUAGAGACUUACCCAGAAAGACUCACAGGUGUAAUCGCUGCCAAAGGUGAUUCUAACAUGCAUUGAUUCAGGGGUGUGAAUACUUAUGUAAAUGUGAUUUUUAUAAAAUUGUUUUCAUUUUGUCAAUAUCGGGUAUUGUGUGUAGAUGAGUGAGAAAAUAUUUAAUUCAUUUUGAAUUCAGGCUGUAACACAACAAAAUGUGGAAUAAAUUAAGGGGUAUGAAUACUUUCUGAAGGCACUGUAACUAUUACUCCAGUGGUAGUGGUGGUGGUGGCAGUAGUAGUGGUGGUGUUGGUGUCAGUAGUAGUAGUGGUGGUGGUAAGGAGUGAGGAAAGCCAGGUCAGGACCCACUGUCUGCCUGUCCUGGUGUCUCUGUCUUAAAGCUCACUAGAGACAGCAAGAAUUAGCUGUCUUCAGUUAAGCCAGGCCUCAACAGUGCACUUAAGGGACUCAAGUACAGUUUACAAUAGUUUAUUGUUUCCAUUUGUUGCAAAUAGAUGAAGCAAGGUACUGUGGUUCUACUGUUCUCCAUUUUUAUAGCAAAGUUAUUUUCUGAACUGGAACUCGACAAGCAAAUGUUUUGCAUUGUUAGUUGUAAACAUGGCAUUCUACAGAGUGUUGAGUUAAGGUUUUAAAGUACACGCUUCAACUAGGAAUCACUCUCUCUGGAACAUUAGCAGUGAGGAGAAGUUGUGAACAAAAUGUAAUAUUGAACUUAAGGGAUAUAAAAUGGGAUAGAUAGGCUGGGAAAGAUACGCAAGUACAUAAUUAGAGCCUUAAAAUGAAACAUAGUAUCUUUACCUCAUCCUCAUUUGAAGUAUUUGUGCAUAACCCUUGAGGGUGGCACUUGAUCCUUCAACACCUUAACAAUUGCGGCAAGGAAAUACCGUAAUAAAUAUGAGACAGAGUGAACGUGCCCUAAUGCCCUGUGGUUGGGCCACCCCUCUCCAUGUCCUGCCACUCCCCGCCCCUCAGUGACAUGCCCUGGGGCUCGGCCAUAGGGUGACAGUGUUGGUGUGUGUGUGUGUGUGUGUUUUAUUGACCCAAAUCCUCCAGACUGAGAUCUAGAACUUGAAGGACCAGUUACAGGAGCUACACAGGGACCUGACCAAGUACCACUCCCUCAUCAACACAGACACCAUGGAUGAGAUCCUGGACCGCUCCCUGCAUAUCGACGGACAGAUCAAUCAAUCAAUCAAAUGUAUUUAUAAAGCCCUUUUUACAUCAGCAGAUGUCACCUCUCAGUACUGCUCUGUGGAGAACAUGAGGACCCUGUUUGAAGAAGUACCUCCACAGGCCCCAUAUCUAACAGUGGGGACAUAUUUAGGAUGUCUAGGAGUGAUUAGACAGCAGCUCACAUGUUUUGGUGCACAUGAAUAAUUGUUUACUGUUCAAUAUAAACUGAAUUUUGCCUUAGAGGAUGAUUAUUUCCCUUUAGAUCUGGGAGGAGACCUUUCAGAGGGACACUAAUGAGCAGGAGAUAUAUGAAGGUAAGGUUUACCCGUAAGCGAAAUAUCGAUCUGUUAUAUGUAUGUUAAUGUGGACUUGGUAACAUGCAUCAUGAUCUAAUUCAAUGCUUUUACACGUGUGUUUGGAUGUGAUGCAUGUGCUUUGUUCCAUACUUUGACAUGGUAUUUGUGUUUGACCACAUUCUAGCACAGCUCCACGACCUGCAGCAGCUGAAGCAGGAGAACUCGGACCUAACCACCAUUGCCCAACAUUUUGGACCAUACAUCCUGUCUAUCGCCAAGAUUAAGGAGUGCCUAGAACCCAGGUAA